ACGAUAUUGACCACCACGAUACGGACCCUAUCGGCGCUGUUACCUUCUUCCAGAUCUCUCAGAAUGCCUAGGAACAACUGCAGAAGGCGUGACGGUGCCCCAUUACAGGCAAGGAAUGAAAUCUAGCUUUCUGCAUCCUUUGCGCUACCCUCCAUCGCUCGCGACGGAUUCAUGCACCCCUUCUCCAUCCUGACCUUGGGGAUCUUUGUCGCCGGAUACAUUACCGCCCGCUGGGACCUUGUAACUCGCCUGUAUGAGCUUGCUAUCUUUGCCUGGGAUCACGGUGUUAUUACACGUGCAGCUAAAGGAUUCACGGCCCUCUCGAUCAUCUUCCUCGUCAUAGUCAUCCCGGUCAAUCGGAUCGCAGCUCGAGAAAGCGAACUGCAACCGCGAAUCGGUGGCCGAGGUAUUUCAGCUCGCGAGCAGCUUCAGCGGCGCGGCUCCAAUGGGUUGAUGCGGGUGUUUUGGCCUUCGGAUGCACCCUCCGGGGUGAACCCGGGGGUAUUGGUCGGAUUUCGCAAUUCGGAACUGGACUGUAUUGUGGUAGCAAUUCUGCAGGACGUUGAGAUCAAGAGCGUGGACAUCGCCUUGAAGCUCGGCAUCUUGUUCCGUAAUAGCGAGUUUCCCAUCGACCAGCUGUUUGAGCGUUGCGGAGGAUCUCCUUUGCAGGUUUUGGGAGUCCUGAAUACAACCAAGGAAACGUAUGCUUUCGAUCCGCACACUAUAGUCGCCAAUACCGCAGCCAAGUCUCAUUUUCCAGCAAUUACCUGUCCGGGGCUGUCGAACUUCACGCUCCAGGUGAUCGUAUUCGACCGUCCACAUCCCAGGCGCAUGCAGUAUCUUUCGUUGUCGCCAAUAUCCUUGGAACUUGGUGAUGACAAUGAGAAAGCGAGCAGCGAACCAGCACUAUUCGAUCCAAUCAACGCAAAAGAGGAGGCUGAGUGGGAACGGAAGGCAACGCUAGUGGAGAAAUUGAAGCUCCAUACCAUCAUCUCUCACCCGAGCACGCAGCAGGAAAAGUCUUUGCCAACGAUCGUUGAGCAGAUCAACUGCUCAUAUGAGAUUUCGGCUUUGCUGCAGGGAAAUAUCCACCUAGUUGGAAGGACUCGAAGCAAACGCUCCUUGAGUGUCGGCGAGAGGGUUGUUGAGUCAGCGACAAAUCUUUGGGACUCGAUUCUACAGGUUCUCUACAACGUCUUCACAGCAUACAUUGUUCCUAUCUGUCUCCGCCUCCUGGUUCUGGUGUUUAUGGGCCAUCGGAUUGCAGGCGAGGUUACUCUCCUACUACUGGAGUGGAGACCGCUUGCGAAUUCCCUUGCUCUCAAAGAUGUUUCAGCCACGGCCCAGCAGGUCGAUAUUCGAUUGCAGCAGUUCUGCUAUUGGCCCGACCAAUACAUGACGCUUCAAGCCCGAAAGCAGAGCUGGAAGAGCAUCACGACGAGCCAUCCGGAAUACAUUCGGUUCUAUAACAGCCUUUGGCUGGUUGCCAAUGAUGUGAUCAUCGGCAUGGCCCUCGGAAGUUACAUUAUCGAAAACGCAGAUUUUGUUGCGGCUCAGCUUGAUUAUGUCCUGAUGACAUGGACAAUCACCGGGCUCCAGGGCAUGAUUGUAUGGCUGAUGGGAUGGCCUGCUGGGUUGAAGCUUAACACGGAGCUUGCUACUUUCCUUGGAGAUCUCUUCCUCUGGGUAAUCGACUACUGGGCCGGCUAUAUGUCUCUCCUGCGGCCAUAUCUCCCGAACAUCAUCUCCUUCAUCGGCUUGUCUUCAUUCGCAGGCGCGACCAUGCCCAUAAGUCUCUUCUCCGAUCUCCUAUCUAUCCUCACUCUCCACAUCUACUGUUUUUACGUCGCCAGCGCCAAGAUCUACAACUGGCAGCUCACCAUCUUAUCCUCCCUCUUCCACCUCUUCCGCGGCAAGAAAAAUAACGUCCUCCGCAAUCGGAUCGACUCCUGCGAUUACGAUCUGGACCAGCUUCUCCUCGGAACUAUAUUGUUCGCGAUUCUUGCAUUUUUGCUUCCGACCGUCAUGGUCUACUACGCAACGUUUGCAGGGGCAAGGAUGGGCAUCAUAUCACUAAAAGCGCUCCUUGAAAUGGGCCUUGCUUGCCUUAACCACUUCCCUCUCUUCGCGCUCAUGUUGCGGAUCAAGGACUCGCAGCGCCUUCCAGGCGGAAUCCGCUUCCGUAACCUCCCAAAUCCACGAACUGAACCUACCGCUCACAUUUAUCUAAACCCCGUCCCUCUGCCCAUCCACCUAUGUUUCCAUUCCUACCUUUACCUCUAUUCCCGAUUACGAGCGCACUACGCUUCGUUCUCGGUGUUUUUCUGUCUAUUAACUGGUCAAUUCGUCCCUCCAAUCGCCCGGAAAGAUUUGUAUGGCCUGCAGUAUGGCAUGCUUCCCAAGAUUCGGGUUAGCGUAGGCGAUCUGUGGAGGAGGUUCCGGUUCGAUGAGUUGGGGAAGGGCAAAGGUAGCGGACUGGGUUCGAAGGUGACUCCUCGCGGCUUAAGGCCCCCAACACCGCGCGAGGGGAUCGCUGGGUCUAAUGGUUCGGUCAGGACGAACGGGAUACCCAGAAGGUCUCAUUGAGUGUAUACGUACUCUAUGAAUGAAUGUAGAGCUGUGAUUUUCCAUGUCAUACCUUGGGACGCUCUAUGCCACGUCUCAAUGAUGUAAUUGGAUCGAUAUUUUCCAAGUGAUAGG